ACGAUCACGGACCCUCCCACAACCACCAAGGCGUUACAAGCGUAUCUUACAGCACAAGAAACACAGCAGAGUGAGCUGGUUAAAAAACAGAAGAAGCAGACAAAAUAUUACAACCGAGCACCAAAAGACCUCAGGAAACUAAAGAUAGGAGACGCGGUACGCAUGAAACCAACUCGCCUUGGCCAACACGAAUGGAAAAAAGCAUUGGUCACAUGCUAUGAUGACAGAUUGUAUAUCGUCGAGACAGAAGAUGGUGGACAAUACAGGCGGAAUAGAGUUCACUUACGAAAGCUAAAGAACCAUUCAGAACAGACAAUGGCCCAACGGAUGACAGAGGAUCGGAUGACGAAGCCAACGCCAACAAAGAAACGGACAAUCCAGAGCCCAAACCUGCACCUGUACAGCAAAUAUUGA